AUGUCUAGCUAUGACCUGUGCUCCACUGCCAUUGGUGGCAUCAACCGCCCCCAGCCACUUGCUGACAGCGGGAACGAACCGUGUGUCCUUCAGUGCCCUGAUUCCAUCACUGUGAUCCAGCCACCUCCGUCCGUUGUUACCUUCCCUGGCCCCAUCCUCAGCUCCUUCCCCCAGGCUUCUGUUGUGGGAUCCUCUGGAGCACCCGUCCUUGGUGGCUAUGGCUCCUCCCUGGGCUAUGGAGGCUAUGGCUCCUCCCUGGGCUAUGGGGGUCUGUAUGGCCAUGGGGGCUAUGGGUCCCUGGGCUAUGGGGGUCUGUAUGGUUAUGGGGGCUCCUCCCUGGGCUAUGGGGGUCUCUAUGGCUAUGGGGGCUCCCUGGGUUACAGGGGCCUGUAUGGCUAUGGUAGAUCUUAUGGCUCUGGCUCUUGGAACCCUUUCUCCUAUCGGUACAACAGGUACCGCCGUGGCAGCUGUGGGACCUUCUAA